CCAGUCGUAGUCUACAACUGAUGUUGAAAUAAAUUAUGGAUGUGUUGUAGAAAAUCUAAACUUGAAUUCCAAAAAUUGAUGUGCAUAGAUGAUGUAUAUUUCAAAACAGAUUCGCGUUUGAAGAAAGGUGUACAACGUGUGACUGUAGAAUACUCACGAUAAUUUGAUCACAAUGAGCGCGUUUUAAACUUUGGUUUGCUGUUGAAUUUUAAAAAGUAAAAGCACCAAUUUGUAUUUGUGCAACUCGAAUUUAGAUUAACACUUGUAAAGAGUCGAGGCUUUCAAACUUCUCAAGUCAGUGUAAAGUCGUCUGCUAUUUCCCACGUUAAGUCGUCUGCUACGUGAUGGAGGGAGCAGAUGAUGGUCAAGUGACUGGUGAGACCAUCGAGGAGAUGGAGCAUGGAGAAAAGAUUGACCUCAAGCCUAUUGACAGUGAUAGUAACAGCAACGCUAGCAUUCCCCCUCCUCCCCCUCCCAUGGUCGUGCCAAUAGCUAGCGAAGAAUCCUGCAACAUAACGGAGGCCGAGCGGCUGAAACAGCCGGAUGAAGAACAGCCGCUGUUUGAACAGAAACACAAGGAGAAGGUAGCAGUCGAUGGCAACAAGACUUGUUGUGAGAAGAUUCUCGACUGUCUGGGUCAGAUCCCCUGCCCCACCCUGCUCUCAUGGAUUGUCCUGCUGCUGGGUCUCGGCUGCUGCACUGGGGGUCUCCUCAUCGCCACAUGGAGGACACGUGACCUGCUGGACAACACCAAGAUAUUAUGUCAGAUGGAGAUGACCAUCACAGGAGUUGUUGUGGGGAUGUUUGUGAUGGGCUGUCUGCUGCUGACCGCUGGUCAUCUGUCAACAGAACCCACCAGUCGCAGGUUAUUCAACUCCAACAGGAAGAACCGCUGUGCUCAGGGGCUCAAUAUUUUGGCUCUCGUCACGUGUUACAUACUGACCAUUGUCUGGAUCCUCGUCACGUGUCUCCUGGCAGCGCCGGUCAUUCUUCUUGUGGACCUCCUCUACAUCGUCUCAACAGACAGCCUGGAUCCCAGGAACUACGGAUUUGAUGGCAAGACUUUGACUGGAACAACUCUGGAACAAUUUAAAGAAGAUGGGGAAAAUCUGCUCAUAACUUUUGCUGUUGCACUCUUUGGAGCUUUGAUAAUUGUCAACAGUUUGAUUUGCUUCAUCAUAACAAUUUCUGCCAACAUAACUCGUCUGAGAGACACAAGUUUCACCUCUCUAAAUGUCUACGACACAGAAGAGCUAAACAACUCUAAACAUUCAGUCAUUGACACAAAUAUGUAAAGACAAUUAAUAACAUAUUGAUAACAUAAUUUAUGUUUUAUGUUACCUUUCUAUUUUGUUUUUUAAUUCUGAUUAAUCAAGUUGAAUGUAUAUCCUCAUCUAAGUGUGUAUCUUUUGUAAAUAGAUGUAGUGCAGAUACUUGCCAUUCCUUAGAGCAAUUUUUUAAAUUUUUAAAUGUUAUCACUAAUUAAAUAAUAUAUACAUUAUUUGAAUAGCAACCAUGUCUUGAGGUUUAAAUGCUAUACAUGAUUUGAUAUUAUAAUUGAUUUGAUAUUAUAAUCGCUCAUGUAAAGGUUCAAAAUGUAAUAAGCUAGAUAUUUGAUCUGCUGAUAAGUUACAGGUCUUUUAUAAACUUAAUUUCCUUCAAAUGUAGAUAUUUUUCAAAGAUUAAACAGAGUUAAUACUUUGAAAUAAUUUUCAUUAUUUAACUAAAAAUGGUAAUUAAAAAUUUAAA